AUGCCGAAACAGCAUGCCACAAAAACACCUCGAGAGCCAAACAAGGGAGGGGUUGUGGCAUCCAUGUCCAAGCUGAAGGCACUCGACAUGUGGGGGAAGCUGCGACGCAAGGAUCUUCUGGGAUUGUCUGACGAAUAUGCCGAGUCGAAGACGGACGCGCCACAUAGGCAUGGAGAUAAGGGUGACAAUGGCGGGACGGAGGACGGGAGGGAUAGAGUUUCACGGAAAUUGGUGCAGCAUGCGACCGAUGGAGGACAGUUGCCCCGGCACCCAAGCGACGACAUUUGGGUUUGCUGGAGUAAUCUGUAUCGAGGUCUCGACUGUCAAAGAAUCGAUGGGUUCCAGGAUAUGCAAUGUGAAGAUCGGACAUGCGCAGGAAGCAUCGCAGUAGAGCAGGGAUAUCGCGGCAGGGGGGCACUUUGCAGGUUGACAAUAGUGUCUGCGGGGAGAGGGGAUGAGGUGGGUUGUCCGGGUAUGGCGUGGCGGUUGAGCGAUCGGGUCCAAGGGGUGCGCCAGCAGCCGUUGUUGAAAAUACGCAGUAAUGCGCAAACAAAGGCUGGGAGAGUGAGAGCUCCAAGCCCCGAAGGAGGGGGUGCAGAACACGUUGCCAGCCACUCCACAACCGGUCGUCAGGACAGGAAGCCCCAUUUAACAUUAGCUGGCAAGAAUGGGUUCCAAGGUCUAGUUGACCCGUUCCACGUGGAUUUAGCUGGCUAG